UUAUAAACAACAUCUCCCACAACCCCCGCGACGGAGAGUGAUAGCACCGACGCAUACAUAGAUAACGAGACGGACAGCUGCUCCAAGACCUUCUUUCAGUCAAUCUCCCCCUCGUACUAGCAACAACAUGGUUCUCGCAAUGACACGUCCCAGACCGAGUUUGCGGUCGACAUGACCUGCCAGAACUGCGUGACGGCUGUCAACGACGCACUCCGUGAUGUGCCAGGCAUUGAGCGGUAUGACAUUGAGCUCGAGAACAAGCGUGUCACGAUCACUGGAAAGACGCCCCCCUCCCAGCUCCUCUCGGCACUCAAGUCGACACACCGGCAAGUGCUAGUUCGUGGCGCGUCGGCUGCCGACUCGUCGGUCCCCUCCCAAGCCGCCGUCAGCAUCCUCGAGUCCCCCGUCGACGUGCCGACAGGCAACGCGUGCUCGACCACGCCGCUGCGCGACAUUCCGGGCAUGAACGAGGCCGAGUUUAGCCAGAAGGUGUUCGGCAUCGCGCGCUACGUGCAGGUUGCGCCCAAGUCUGUGCUGCUCGACCUGACUGUCCGCAUCCCCAAGGACGAGCACACGACCCCCGCGUCCGUGUACCACGCGUACGUGAGCAAGACGGGCAACCUUGUCGACCCGCCGAGCACGACCGGCGGCGCGUACGUCCACCUGGGCGCGAUCACGCUCGACAAGGACGGCUACGGCGACCUGUUCAAGGAGGUCGACGGCGAGAUCUGGGAGUGGAUCGGCCGCGCGACCGUCGUCGAGGCCAAGGACGCGCCUGCCGAGGCCAAGUCGAUCGGGUCCAUCUUUGCCGGUGUGGUUGCGAGGAGUUCCGGUGCAUGGGGUAACGACAAGACGGUGUGCGCCUGCUCUGGGCGGACAAUGUGGGAGGAGGGCAGGGAGAUGGAGCGCAAGGGCUUGCUCUAGGGUGCGAAGGGCGUUGUAUGGCGAGAUGCAGCGAAGUUGACUCAAA